AUGUCUACAACGAAGAACCUGGCACUCGUUGCCUAUACAGAUCCUGUGUCUCUUAAGCAAGAGGAACUUGACCUUCCCUCGUUAGGCCAUCACCAAGUAUUAGUAAAGAUCAGUCACGUCGCUCAAAAUCCUACUGACGUCCAAUCGUACGACAACGGAGCCCUCGGCCCUGGCGCCGUCUACGGCUGCGACUUUGUCGGCGAUGUCAUCUCCACCGGCAGCGCCGUAACUCGCGUCUCCGAGGGCGACACCAUCAGCGCACUCAUCUGGGGCGGUGAAAUCCCCGGCCUCGGUGCCUACUCGCACUACACCAUCGCCGACGAACGAAUCUGCUUCAAGAUCCCCGCCGGUGUUGGAAAGGCCGAGGCAGCAACGAUACCACUUGCUGCAGCCACGGCAUGGCUCGCUUUGUUCAGUUCACAGAGUCUUGGCAUUCCGAGAGUGUUGGAGGGCGAGAUGCAGGGGAAGGUACCGGGGCGGAAAGGCGAGGCGGUGCGGGUGCUGGUGUGGGGUGGAAGUAGCAGUGUUGGACAAUAUGCUAUUCAACUCGCUAAGCUCGAGGGGUUGACUGUUCUCACGACGUGUAGUCCGCGAAACUUCGAUCUCGUUAAAUCGCUUGGUGCGGAUGAGGUUGUUGACUACAACGAUGCUGAUGCUGUGGAGAAGAUCAAGGCGUUUGGACAGACAGACUACGUGUUUGACACAAUAGGCACUGCGGACUCGAGCGAGCAGUCUGGGCUGGCGAUCGAUGGAACGGGUACAUUAUGCACCGUUAGGCCGGGGAAGGCCUUGACGGAAAAGGUGCCAAAGGGCGUGAAGGUAACGGAUGUACUGGUGUGGACGGUGUUCUUGAAGGAGCACAAAUAUAAAACCUUUAUCUGGCCGCCCUCUAAGGAGGACCAUGAGCUUGGGGCGGAACUAUUCGAUCGCAUCCCGCUCCUUCUUACAUCUAGCAAGCUGAAGCCGAACGCAGUGCUACCGCUGAAAGGGCUGGACGAUGUUCCAAAGGGUUUUGACUUGCACCGCAAUAAGAAAAUUUCAGCGCAGAAAAUUGUGUAUGAGCUAUAG